AUGCCAGGCGUUCCGAGAACGAACCGCUGCUCCGGCUGCAAGCGCCGUAAGAUUAAGUGCGACGAGAAUUGGCCAACAUGUGGAGGAUGUGCGCGAGCGAAGACAACCUGCUCGGGCCCUCCCAAUCCCCAUACGUUUGUCACUCACUUUCCUCCCAACCAAGCAGUAGAGGGUAUCCCUGAGCGAUCCGGGAUCACCAACCGCCAUGGAAGCCUUAUGCUUCUUCAAUCUCAGCGGCUGCACGGGAGCGAUUCUUGCAUCGGCACAUUCCGUCUGUACUCGUCAACCUUGUCACCGGGCAGUAAUCUCACAACUUCGGCCGACCGCAUCGCUGCUCGCUUAGCGGCGAUGCUCACACAUGAUGCUCCCCAUGACAUGAUGUUCCAGGCAGGGUACCUCAAAUAUCUUCCCGCCCGUAUCAGUAGCAGUCCUGCAUUGCGCGAUGCGGUGGCACUCAUGUGCUCUGCUUAUGCAAACUUCCAGCGCGGGCUGCCGGCGAAUCAGGUUCUCAACCCGACCCUCUACGGUAAGGCUCUGCGCAGCCUUGGGCGAGCCAUUGACAAUCGUACCUGUAUUACGGCUGAAACAGUUGCUGCAACUACAAUCAUGGAGAGAGUGGAAAUAUUGUUCGAUGCCGGGAGGCCUUUCCACCGUGCGCGUCAUGCCAGGGGAAUCGAUACUCUGACACGCCAACGGGGACCGCCGAAGCUGGAUGAUGAGUUUGAUGUCCAGCUGGCACUUGAGAAUCAUGCAGCCCUGAUUUGCCAGUGGACCGUCGAUGGUGGAGACAACUUCUUCCUUCGCUCACCUUGGAAGGAAUUCGUGGAUCGUGCAACAGUGUCGGCUGGUGGUGUUUCUGAGAAGCGAAAGGAUAUAUAUGCCAUUGGACGGUAUUACGUGUAUUGGCCAUGCCUGCUGCAAGAGUUCAAACGCUUGAACAGUGAGCGUGAUGAGCCGACAAGGAUGGCCCAGGCUGAAAGAUUAGGACGCAUAGUCUCUGCACUCGAUUUUGAUGUGCGAGCCAAGGGAGACUGCCUACUGGAAAAGGCUUACAAUCUCGGCAACAUCAAGGAAAGACCUGACCCACAGACACCAAUUGGCGCUCGGUACGACAUUGUAUGCCUAGACUCUUUACAGCUACUUGUCAGCUAUGCGAUGUGGGCUGCCAUUUGCAAUCGCAUGCUCCAUCAUCUCAGAAUGGUCCAGGGUCUUGCCCCAUCGCCUUCUCUUGAUAAAGACCACAGAAACUUCUGUCGUCAGAUAUGGAUGUGCAUACCCUAUAUACAGGAGCUCGGUGGAACCACUAGCGUUCUCUUUGUAGCACCUCUUUAUCUCUCUUACGAGGGCGCCACCGAGGAGCUAGAAAAGGAAUAUCUCUUUGAUUAUAUUGUCGAGGUUACUAGAAAAAGGGGAAGGUUGAUGGAGAACCUACAGGAUUUGGAAAGACUUGUACUAAAUACGGCGCGGGCAAUGGCUGCUCGAGAGGAGUUAGCUCAUUAG